UUAUCUCGCCAGCCGACUUCGCAGAAACUCUCUUCCUUUCCUACCGCUGUCUGUUGGUUUUUCGCUCUCCGCCGUCCGGGUUUACCCUAAUCUUCGAUUUCCGGCGAGUUUAUUCGCUUCUGGUGGGAGAAGAUGAGCGACGGAGAGUCGAAUCAGCAGCGCCAGCAGCAGCAGCAGCAGCAGAUGCAGCAGCAGUGGCUGGCGAUGCAGCAGUACCAGCACCAAUGGUUGGCGAUGCAGUAUCCUACAAUGGCGUUGCACCAGCAUAUGAUGUACGGGCAGCAAUUCGCGCCGUACUACCACCAUCCGCAGCUACAUCAGCAGCAGCAGCAGCAGUAUCAGCAACAACCGCAGCCGCACGCGCUGAAGCAUAGCAAUCAGAUUCAGAGCUCUGGGGAAGAUAAUAGGACGAUCUGGAUUGGAGAUCUCCUGCAGUGGAUGGAUGAUAGUUAUCUGCAAUCGUGCUUUUCUCAAACUGGCGAGGUUGUUUCAGUCAAGAUAAUACGCAACAAGCAGACUGGGCAAUCUGAGAGAUAUGGGUUCGUUGAGUUCAAUUCUCAUGCUGCAGCAGAGAAAGCUCUACAGAACUACAAUGGCACCACAAUGCCAGAAACAGAUCAGCCCUUUCGCCUAAAUUGGGCUUCCUUUAGCAAUGGUGAUAGGCGUCCUGAUGAUGGCUCUGAUUUGUCAAUAUUUGUUGGAGAUUUGGCUGCAGAUGUUACUGAUGCCCUGUUGUACGAUACAUUUUCUUGCAAGUAUCCCUCUGUCAAGAGUGCAAAAGUAGUGGUUGAUGCAAACAGCGGACGCCCUAGAGGUUAUGGCUUUGUCAGGUUUGGUGAUGAAAAUGAGAGGUCUCGAGCCAUGACUGAAAUGAACGGUGCAUUCUGUUCCAGCAGACCUAUGCGACUAGGUGUUGCAACCCCCAAGAAAUCUGUGCCACAUUCACUGUAUUCUUCACAAGCUGUUAUACUGUCUGGUGGACCUGCAAAUGGUAUAGUGCCCCACGGUCAUUCUGAGAAUGACUCAUCUAACACCACUAUUUUUGUGGGUGGACUUGACUCUGAUGUCACUGAUGAUGAGCUUAGACAGACUUUUACCCCUUUUGGUGAGGUUCUAUCUGUGAAAAUUCCGGCUGGAAAGGGAUGUGGCUUCGUACAAUUUGCGGAUAGAAGCAGUGCAGAAGAAGCUCUUCAGAGAUUAAAUGGAACAGUCAUCGGAAAGCAGACAGUUCGUCUCUCUUGGGGUCGAAAUAUGGGAAACAAGCAGUCGAGAAUGGAUCCAAACAGCCAGUGGAAUGGUGUGUACUACGGACGACAAGCUUACAGCGGAUAUCCAUACGCAGCAGCCGCCCCCUACGCCGGGGCAUCUUCCAACGGCGUCGGGCACGAACAGCAGCCUGUGAGUUAAACCCUACUCCACUCUGCUCUUUUUAAGUUUGAAGAACCCAAACUUAUUUAUCAUACUAAUACUGUGUCCAAAUCCCACAAAGUCCAUGGGAAGACAGAGUGUUUUUAAAAAGAAAAUACAUAAAAAAAAAAAAGAAGAAAGAAAAAAAGAAAAAGAAAAGUGGAAGAAGAGAAUUUUGUAGCUGGAUUAAAAAUGGCUUCAGACAAUAACCCCUCCCCCUAUUAUACAUUUUUCUUCAUCACUAUUGUUUGAGAAAGUUUGACAUAUGAAUGGUCUUGCUAGUGUGUGCUUUAUUUUA